AUGACGCGUAUUUCAGCUAUUGUUUACUAUGAUAGAGAAAUUCGGGAAGAUGUCGAUACGAAGAUGUAUGCGAAAUUUGUUGAAGUGCGUGUUAUUCGUGUGAGUUUCCUUGAAGAAAUACCAAAGAACAUAGUCGCUUGUCAAAAUGUGGCCUCUGAUGCAAAAUCAGCACAAAAACCGCCUGCACCACCCGGUUUUCUCUCCAUUUCACGCAAGAAAUUGCUUCAGAACCUUGAAAUCAGUGUAGGAGCAAGGGUUAGCGCAUGGGUCGAUUCCAUGAGAGCUUCUUCCCCAACUCAUAUUAAGUCUAUACCUUUCAUUGCCGAUGAUGAAGGUUCCUUGAAUCUGCACCAUCCAUCGGCGUUGGAUAUGUUCGAGCAGAUAAUAGAUGCUUCGAAAGGGAAACAAAUAGUAAUGUUUUUAGAUUACGAUGGCACUCUUUCUCCGAUUGUUGCAGAACAAGAUCGAGCUUUUAUGUCCAAGAAGAUGAGAAAGACGGUGAGAAAGGUAGCCAAAUGUUUCCCUACAGCUAUAGUGAGUGGUAGAUGCAGGGACAAGGUAUAUAACUUUGUCAAGUUGGCUGAGCUAUAUUACGCUGGAAGCCAUGGAAUGUACAUUAAAGGCCCUGAGAAACUUUCCAAAUCUAACACAGUGAGUGAACUUAUGUUUCUCAGGUCAAAAUCUAACACAGAAACACAUGAUGUGUUUGAUAUAAAAUCAGUACAUGUUCUCGACUGGCACCUUGACUUGCACUUUGAUCUUGAGAUUCCAACGACUGAUCUUGAUUUAAGAACUUGA